UAAGAGGGUCCUCCUAUGCCUGAUGCCUCUAUGGAGAUCGUCAUCUUCAUUCUCUCUAUAGAGAUUGAUUGAAGGAGAAUGGCGAUCAGGAAGCUUCUACUUCUAUUGAAACCGGUUGAUCUGUACCCAUUCCUUGAAACAGAUGGUGUCUCGCUCAUCAAAAAUCAUCAGGUUCUUCAGUAUCUAGAGAGCAGGUGCAAAGUACACAGGGAUGCUAUAACCUUUUGUCGGGAGAUACUAAAUAAGAAGCCAGUCGAAUGGAAACCCAUCGCACGUAAUGACUUAUCACAUCCCAUUCGUGAUGUUGAUAUGGUCAUCACCGUUGGUGGAGAUGGCACCCUCUUGCACGCUAGUCAUUUUAUAGACGAUUCUGUUCCUGUUCUUGGAGUCAACUCUGACCCAACACAAGCUCACGAGGUGGAAGAACUAAGUGAUCAGUUUGACGCUAGUAGAAGCACUGGUCAUCUUUGUGCUGCAACAGUUGAGAACUUUGAACAGGUACUAGAUGACAUUUUGUUUGGCAGAGUAGUUCCUUCCAAAGUAUCGAGAAUAUCAGUAAAGUUAAACUCAGAACCUCUUCUUUCACACGCACUUAAUGACAUUCUGAUCGCACACCCAUGCCCUGCCGCUGUUUCAAAGCUCUCGUUCAAGAUAAAGAACAAAGAUGGUGAUACCAAUCCAAAGACAGUGAACUGCCGCUCGAGCGGUCUAAGAGUCUGCACAGCAGCUGGGUCAACUGCAGCAAUGCUGUCAGCAGGUGGGUUCCUGAUGCCUAUGUUGUCUCGUGAUCUACAGUUUAUGGUUAGAGAGCCCAUCUCUCCCGUUCCAACCCUUUCUCAAAUGCAUUCAGCGUUUAAACCGGACCAAUCCUUGGAUGUUAACUGGUAUUCAGACCAUGGAACUAUCUACAUCGACGGUUGUCAGGUUAACUACAACGUGCAGCUCGGCGAUACAAUCGAGAUAUCAUCUGAUGCGCCGGUUUUAAACGUGUUCUUGUCUCAAGGCUUUACUCAGAUCAGAUCAAGGUACUAGAAUGUGUUCAUUAAAGUUAAAAGAGUUGGUGCAUUGAGAGACAGCUUUCAACCCACUUGUCUGUAGAUAGUUAUGGCAAAGGUUCCUUGGACCGAAAGAUUCGUUGA